CCCCUACCCUAAACCCAUCUCUCUCACUCCUCCCGUCGGAGGGACAAAAAAACCUAAUUCCUCUUUGUAUCCGUCUGAAAUCACAGCCAUGGCUAACGCCAGAGAUUCCGACCCGAAUCUGGGCUACCUAACGAAGAAAGAGACAGAGGUAAAGUUGCCUCGGCCAACCCGCGUCAAGAACAAGACUCCAGCCCCAAUACAAAUCACGGCGGAGCAAAUACUUCGGGAAGCUCGUGAACGUCAGGAAGCUGAGAUCCGACCACCCAAACAGAAAAUAACCGACGCUACCGAGCUCGGGGACUAUCGCCUCCGCAAACGCAAAGAAUUCGAAGAUUUAAUCCGAAGAGUGCGGUGGAAUAAGAGCGUUUGGGUGAAGUAUGCAAAGUGGGAAGAAUCUCAGAAGGAUUAUGCUCGGGCGAGGUCAGUGUGGGAGCGUGCGCUUGAGGUGGAUUAUAGAGACCAUACGUUGUGGUUGAAGUAUGCUGAUUUUGAGAUGAAGAAUAAGUUUGUUAAUCACGCAAGGAACGUAUGGGAUCGUGCUACACAAUUAUUGCCCAGAGUGGAUCAGUUGUGGUAUAAGUAUAUUCAUAUGGAGGAGAUGUUAGGGAAUGUGGCUGGUGCGAGGCAAAUAUUUGAGCGGUGGAUGAAGUGGACACCUGAUCAGCAAGGAUGGCUUUCAUAUAUAAAGUUUGAGUUGAGGUAUAAUGAGGUUGAAAGGGCGAGAUCAAUUUUUGAACGGUUUGUGGAUUAUCACCCAAAGGUCAGCGCAUGGAUUAGGUUUGCUAAAUUUGAGAUGAAAAAUGGAGAGAUAGCACGUGCUAGGAAUUGUUACGAGAGGGCUGUAGAUAAGUUGGGGGAUGAUGAGGAGGCGGAAGAAUUGUUUGUGGCUUUUGCUGAGUUUGAGGAGAAGUGCAAGGAGACAGAGAGGGCAAGAUGUAUAUAUAAGUAUGCAUUGGAUCAUAUUCCGAAAGGGAGAGCAGAGGAGCUUUACAAGAAGUUUGUUGCAUUUGAGAAGCAAUAUGGUGAUAGGGAAGGAAUCGAGGAUGCUAUUGUUGGAAAAAGGAGGUUUCAGUACGAGGAUGAGGUUAGGAAGAACCCUCUUAAUUAUGAUGCAUGGUUUGAUUACAUUAGGUUAGAAGAGAGUUGUGGGGAUAAACAAAGGAUUGAGGAUGUAUAUGAGAGGGCUAUUGCAAAUAUCCCUCCUGCUCAGGAGAAGCGGUAUUGGCAGCGGUAUAUCUACUUGUGGGUUAAUUAUGUUUUAUAUGAGGAGCUUGAUGCCCAGGAUGUGGAUCGCACAAGAGAUGUAUACAACUUGUGUCUAAAGACGAUUCCUCAUAACAAAUUUUCAUUUGCAAAGAUUUGGCUGAUGGCUGCCCAGUUCGAAAUACGUCAGUUAAACAUUGACCGGGCAAGGCGAAUUUUGGGGUCGGCAAUUGGCAUGGCUCCCAAAGAUAAGAUAUUUAAGAAGUACAUUGAGAUAGAGCUGCAACUUGGUAAUAUAGAACGAUGCAGGAAGCUGUAUGAAAAAUAUUUGGAGUGGUCACCAGAGAACUGUUACGCCUGGAGCAAGUUUGCUGAGUUGGAGAGAUCCUUGGCAGAAACUGAACGAGCCAGAGCUCUUUUUGAGCUCGCAAUUGAUCAACCUGCACUAGACAUGCCCGAGCUGUUAUGGAAGGCAUAUAUUGACUUUGAGAUAUCUGAGGCUGAAUAUGAAAGAACUAGAGCACUUUAUGAGAGGCUUUUGAACCGCACAAAACAUUUGAAGGUGUGGAUUAGUUAUGCCAAGUUUGAGGCAUCUGCUAUGGAUGAGGGCGUGCAGGAGUCAGACUCGCGAGAAAGUGAUUAUGAACAAAAGAGAAAAUGCCUUCAGCGAGCUAGAGCUGUGUUUGAAAGAGCCCUUAGCUACUUCAGAACUUCUGCCCCUGAAUUGAAAGAGGAAAGGGCAAUGCUUUUGGAAGAAUGGUUGAACAUGGAAAGCAGCUUUGGCGAAGUUGGUGAUGUUGAUUUGGUCCGUGCUAAGCUGCCAAAGAAACUUAAACUGUUGGUGGCGGCAACCAAUUCUGAUAUUGCAAUAACCUGCAGGUAUGAGGAGUAUAUCGACUAUCUUUUCCCUGAAGAAACGCAGACAACAAAUCUUAAGAUUUUGGAAGCAGCAUACAAGUGGAAGAAGCAGAAGAUUGCUUCUGAUGAUGAUUAGUUGGGUAACAUGAGUCAGCAUUGAUUGGACUUUGUUGAUAUCGUUUGGUGAUAAUGUCAUUCUUUCCUUAUUGAGUUUCACAUCCUGUACCCUUCUGGUCUUGUACGUAUGCGUCUGUUGCCUUCUGUUAUACAAGUUUCUCAAGCUGCAGGAGA